AUGUCAAACAAUUUUCCUUAUAUGAAAGCCAACACGUAUCUCUUUAUGGUACAAGCUCGAGGAAUAAUGUUGAGAGAAAAUGUGAAAACGAUAGGACAUAUGAUCAGGCUUUACACAAAUAAGAACACGACACUCAACGGUACAGCCAACACGUAUCUCUUUAUGGUACAAGCUCGAGGAAUAAUGUUGAGAGAAAAUGUGAAAACGAUAGGACAUAUGAUCAGGCUUUACACAAAUAAGAACACGACACUCAACGGUACAGAUUAUCCCGAAGGCAGUAAUUCAAGUGAUUAUCUUGUUCAGACAACAACGUAUCUUCCGGAAAACUUCACGUACUCUCCAUACCUCCCCUGCCCAGAAAAACUGCCUUACAUGCGGGGAUUUCUCAAUGUCAACGUAAGUGAAGUCAGUUUUGAUGAAAUUCAUCAACUCUUCUCCAAGGAUGUAGACAUUGAGCCCGGAGGACACUGGAGACCGAAGGACUGCAAGCCCAGGUGGAAGGUGGCAGUGCUCAUCCCUUUCCGCAAUCGCCACGAACACCUGCCAAUUUUCUUCUUGCACCUGAUUCCGAUGCUCCAGAAACAGCGGCUGGAAUUUGCCUUUUAUGUCAUCGAACAGGAUGCUCUGCUCUGCUUUGUUUUUAGUCUUCCAUAUAAAGAGUUCUUUGGUGGUGUAAGUGGACUGACCGUGGCGCAGUUUAGGAAGAUCAACGGCUUUCCUAACGCCUUCUGGGGGUGGGGAGGAGAAGAUGAUGACCUUUGGAACAGGGUUCACUACGCUGGGUAUAAUGUAACGAGGCCCGAGGGAGACUUGGGAAAAUACAAAUCCAUUCCUCACCAUCAUCGGGGUGAAGUCCAGUUUUUAGGACGAUACAAGCUGCUGAGGUAUUCGAAGGAGCGCCAGUACAUCGACGGGCUGAACAACUUAAUCUACGAGCCCACCAUCCUGGUGGACAGGCUGUAUACAAACAUCUCCGUGAACCUCACGCCAGAGUUGGCUCCAAUCGAAGACUAUUGAAGAAGUCACUGUCAUGGCAACGGAGACUGCGAUGCUGAUCAUAAACUCAGGGUGCGCUCUUGAAGGAGGUCAGUGGAUGGACGUGUUCCGGGCCCGUUAUGCAGAGGAGCCGACAGUCUCAGUGACCACAGUGUGGGGUUGUCUACAGCAGCCUCCUUCCUCCCAUCCCGAGACCCGCCCCCCCCAACCCCCCCAGCGAGCGCUCCGGAGACCAGGUGCCAUCGCUAAGACUGGAGGUUAAGAGCGCCCUGCAAAGGAAGACAUUUUUAUACGGAAAUCUAUCAUUUAACUCAAGAGAAUGCUUUAUUUCUGUGGAAACCUGUUUUGUACAUAGGGGAUGUACACUGAUGUGUUGAAAUUGUUGAACAAUAAGGUGUGUUGCAGUUUUGCAUGUAAUGGCUUAUGCCUUUAUUGGGCUUUUAUAAACGUUUUUUUAUUUGCAUGGAACAAACAGUGUACGUUUAUGAGACUGAACAAAGGCUAACCCUUGUGUGACAUGAAGGAACUGUCAAUAAUUGACAGCCAAUGGCUACAGUAAGCUGUUAUACUAGUUUUGAGCUUAGACCUUCAGCCUCUGUGUGGGGAGAAGUCAGCUUCCCUAGGGCCCUGAGGGUAGAAGAAACGGCUUAGGCCGCUUUUCUUCCUGCCAGGAUGGCCUGUUUUUUCCCUUGCUUGCAGUCUCAUCAGAUUUUGCUAAAUCACAACCGUAAUGUUUAUGCAUAUUGCAUGACUAAUGCCAAGAAAAAAUCUUAAAAGUUAUGGUGUGACAUGAGAUCAAGGACCUCCUCAUGUUAAAUGCUUUUCAUGUACCUCUGGUGUAAGUGUCAGGGAUUUUGUGCCUCAAAAAAUGUUCCCAAUGUUGUGUGUGUUUGUACACUUUUUUGUUUGUUUGUUUGUUUUGGUUAAUAGUGAAUAGCACUUUUAUUAUUUCCAGUUCAGAGGAGCCAAAAAUUUUUUUAGUUUAAAAAAAAAUCAAAACAAUUUUUUAAAAGAAUGUGUUAUAUGCAAAACCCAAUAGUACCUAUAAUAUACAAAUGAAUUAUACUAUUAGAUAAGAAAUGAAAUGUUAUAUUUUUAUGAAGAUAAAUGCUUAGUAGGUAGAAAAUAAAUUUUAAGUUCAAUUCUCAGACUCAUAGAAUUCAAGUUUGGAAGGGAUUCUUUUUAAUCUUGCCCAAUUUCAUUCAAACUGUAUUUUUUUUUCACUUUUAAGAAAUUACAUCUCCGGUGUUCAUUAUUAAAAUUUCCUCACUGAAAGCAUAAUUUAAUAGAAUUAUAUUCUAAUACAUCAUCAGCUAUCUCAAUAUGUUGAUGUUAUAAGGCACGUCUCAGAAAACAGGUCUUAUUACCUGACAUUAAGUAUAUUACUUUAUCUUAAGUUUGGAUGAAGUUUUUAUGGCAAAGCCAAACAGUAUUUUUACUUUGAAAAUGAUCAAUUAUUGUUAACCAAAGAUUCGUUAAAUAUCUUAAGGUAUUUUCACAAAUUUAAAACAAAAAAAUCGUUUAUCUAUACAGUGAAUCUUUAACAACAAUGACGAACAAUAGAAAUCUGUAUUUGAGAGAUGUGUGGAUAACAGUUGACUCAUAGAUUGUUCACCUAAAAUAGAAAUAUGGUAUUUAUCUCAGGUUGUAAGUUUGACUUUUGAAGUUGGCGUUUUCCAUGGCAAUAUUGGUAACACAAAUGAUCACUAACCAAAUCACAAAAUAAGUAAAUUUCUUGUACUUUUAGAAAACUGAUAGCUCUCUGUUAUGAAACAAAACAGAGUUUUCCCACAUUUUUUUCUUAGAAAUAUUUCCAAAAUAUUUGUCUCUAAUUUUUUUUUUUUUUGCUUGUACUGAAAAUAGUGAAUAAUCAAACUGCUGAAAGUAAAUGUGUUCUUAAUUUGUCUAUCUGUUCAUUUGCUGUCUCUCAUAGUCAAUGUAGUUGUUUAAUUCAAUGAAAUGGAAGAAAGUAAAUUAGGAAGUUACCAUUUGUUGAUCACUAACAAGAUAGUUGGGGCAUAGGAACAUAAUUAAUCCAUAAAAUAAUUAAAAAUACUUUAGUUGGGGUAAUUAGGACUGUUUCGGAGUCUUAUUAGGAAAUCAUAUAUUUUUUUAAUGUGAAGCUGCCCAAAUUUUGGAAUCGUUUUAUUUUGAUAUACAUUUUAUAAUUUCAAGAGAACUCAGUUCUACUAGUAUCUGCCUUAUUUUUUUGGAUUAAGUCUAAUAGUAAUUUUUGUUUUAGCUGUGGGCCAUGAAUAUUUUGCUUUUUUUCAGUUUUGAAUAUGGCAUGUUGUUCUGUGAAAAACAUCUUACUAGUUUGCUUUUUGUCUUUUGUUUGUUUUUACUGUGCUUCUUCACUGCAGACUUAAAAUUGAUUUUUGCCUGUAAUCAUUUAUAUGUUUCAAUAAAAGUGACAGAGUUUUGCCCAAUUAAUCUUUAUUAUCAGAAAAUAAAUCUAUUCCACAAGACUAACAAAUAUAUUGUAAAUCUUUUUGUUUGGUGGAUAUAUUAGUGAACAUGUGUUCUUAUCUACUCUGUCAGGUGGGAUGCUAGGUAUGUCUACGGAAAAAGCACUUCAUUUCUAAACAAAUCAAGUCAGGCAAGUGUAAACCUUUCUAAAAUGAAGACACCCUCUGAUAACUUAAUCAUUGUAUUUCUUAAUCUC